AUGUCAGAACUCUUCGUCCACCACAGACCUCAAGAUCCAACUACCAGUCUUUCCACAGAAAUCGUCGAAAAUGAUGUCAAGACUGACGGAGUCAACACAGAAUUCGAUCAAGAAGCUCUCACGACGCAAGAUAAUCUCGUCAAUCAGACCAAUGCUAAUGGAACACUGCAAAAUUCAAAAGAUAUUCCACAAGACGCGCGCACUUCACAUAUUGCGCAUACUCGUCAAGAUAGCGAAGCAUCUGCAUCAACGUCCCAACUGCCAAGUCAAAUAGUUUCUUACACACCAGAUCGACCUUCCAAAUCGAGGUCAGAUCGCAAGAUCUUUCUCAAACGGAAACCCCCCACGGACGAAGAGGAUCAGGAUGCACGGAAAAGAUCUAGGAUGAAGAGUACUGACACAGCUGUACUUUUAUCAAAAACUAAUGAGGAAGAAGCCGAGGAUGAGAUGCUAGCUGAGGAGAGAGGUCGUCGAGAGGCUCAGACCAUGAUAAGUUCCGCUGAAAGAGUUCUCAAAAAACCAUUUCGUCCACCAUCUCGAGUACCUCCCAAGUCACCCUCUAACUCAGUCCCUACCCGUCUCACCCGCCCCACUCGUGUCGUACCUCCCAGCUCUCCUUCCACAUCAUCCUCUUCACGUCCUCGCAAAUCCCGGAUAUCCUUACCGUCUCGUAUUCCCGAUUUCCCUGACUUUUCCUCUGUUCAUUUGCCAAAGUACAAACGGUCGACAGGGCUUCUCACUACUUCCAAUCCAUCCUCAAAUCACCACGCACCCCGAUCUGAUUCAAGCCGUAUCGCCUCUCUGGAAAGGGAGCUCUUGUUACUGAAACAAGCCGUGAGAUAUGCUACGGACCCUGAGGAAGAUGAUAAGGUAGAGGAAUUGGUCAAUCUUUGGAGACAAGCCGGGAGAGAUGCUGUGGAGAGGUUGUUUCCACUUCAUCCGACUCCAGAUAAGCAGUCAUCUUCCAUUGGAUCUACUUAUCCAACGAGUGUUUACGACACAUACCCCUCGACGAACGAAGGUGGUGGGGCGAGUUGGGGAUGGGGAUGGGAUUCUAAGAGUCCAAUGAGUUUUGAUGAGAUUCUGAAGAAAGCACCGCGGAACGAAGAGGGUGAUCCUGUGGACCACGAAGGUAAUCUUUUGUUCCCCAUGGAGCCGGAGAAUGAGAUGGAAAGGGUUUUGAAAGAGGCUGCUAGGCCAAUGGUUGGCAGACAAGCUGCGUCGGGCCAAUUUGAGAUACAUCUAAAGAAACGAGAACUCUUAGCUAAUAUCAGACAACCACGUACAUUCUACUCAUCCGACGAAGUGGAAGCCAUAGAUGAAGAUUCGACCAUCCAAGAUCCACCCGAAGCUCCACAAUGGAAUUACGCAGCUCUGAUGAGGUUAUACUCUGUCGAUCCGGGAUUAUUAGGGUGGAACGUCGCUUUGGAAGAUUGGGAUGAGGUGUAG